UCAAUCGCUGUUCGGGAAUUUGUAUAGUUGAUUGUGGCAAAACGCAUUAUCGAGUAUAUUGCAAAUAUUUUGUUAAAUAUUCUAUUUAAAGUAAUUUAUUCGAAAAUUUGCCGAAAUUUUGGAUCGAAUUGUGAUAAGAAAUUGGAAACAAAUUCUUGUUUAAGUCGAAGCUUUCAAGUGGAUCAGCAGCAUUGGUGUACGAAUUGAUCAAAUGAGAGAAUGUCUGCCACGUUAUUGCGAUUCAGUUUUUGUGUAAAAAAUGUGCCGAGAUGGCAUAUCAUAAAGCAAAUAAAUCGAACAUUUGCAUCACGUUCCGAUAAUUUAUCAGCGGAUGCAACAGCCGCCGCUGCAGCAUCGAUAUCACAACGAAAAGUCGAAUUGAAAGAACCAAUUGGCACGGAUGAACUACAAAAACACUUUGACAAUGAAAUAAAAAAGGGCGAUGUAGUUCCAGUUUUCAAACGGGCUCUACUCUACGGUCAUAAAAUUGCAAUCAAAGACGAAACCGGCGAAUAUUCGUAUCGACAAUUAAUUGAAGCCGCACAAAAAUUAUCCAUUGAAUUAUCAUCACAAUGUUCCGAGGCAGCAAAUGAAAACAAAGUUGCCUUCCUAUGCCCAAAUUCGGCGGUAAAUUCAGUUGUGCAAUGGGCUUGUUGGAUUGCAGGCCAAACUGCGGUGCCAUUGAGUUCACGUCAUCCACCAGAACUAUUGAAGUAUUUUGUUAGUGAUUCGGAUGCGCAAAUUAUCGUCGUCACACCGGAAUACGAAACAAAAUUGAGACCAGUGGCCGAAGCAUUGGGACGCAAAGUUAUUUGUUUGGAUCAUAGUUGCAUUCCAUGUGAAAUCGAUUUUGACCCCAACGUAAUCGAGAUCAACGAUCAUUUUUCUAAUGGCAAAUUCUAUCGAAAUUCAAAUGCACUGAUACUAUAUACAUCGGGGUCUACUGGUUUGCCUAAAGGUACCGUCAUUUCACACAAUGCCAUCCAAUCACAAACACUGACAUUGACUAAAGUCUGGGAUAUUAACCAAAAAGAUAAACUGUUGCAUGUGUUGCCAUUAAAUCAUGUGCAUGGAUCUGUAAAUGCAUUGUUAUGCCCAUUGUCCGUUGGUGCAAAGGUGAUAAUGCAUCAAAAAUUCGAUCCGACCGUUGUAUGGAGUAAACUAUUAAAUGUCAAUACACCGACAAAAGAUCGUAUUAGCGUCUUUAUGGCCGUUCCAACCAUUUACAGUCUUCUGAUUGCCGAAUAUGAUAAAGCAUUUGGCAAAAAUGAUCGAAUGGUCGAAUACAUACGUGAAUUAUGCGAAAAGAAUAUUCGAUUAAUGGUUUCGGGUUCGGCACCAUUACCAACAAAGGUAUUUGAUACAUGGCAUCGAAUAACCGGCCAUAAAUUGCUCGAACGAUAUGGAAUGACGGAAAUUGGAAUGGUGCUGUCGAAUCCAUAUUACAUGGAUGAAAAACGGCAACGCAUACCGGGCACAGUUGGAAGUGUUUUGCCCGGAACACGAAUUCGAUUAGUAAACGAUAAACGUGUGGUAUGCGAGGUGACCGGUGAAUUUGAUAAAGGUUUGUGGGCACCACCGUCCAAAAAUGUUGACAUUAAAUUUACAGCGCCAAAACAACAAUCAACGACGACUACUGAAUCACCGAAAACAGAAACACCAGACAAUGAGAAUAUUGGCGAGUUGUAUGUUAAAGGACCAUCAGUAUUUGUGGAGUAUUAUAAAAAACCGGAAGAAACAAAAAAUUCAUUCGAUGAUGAUGGCUGGUUUAAAACAGGCGAUGUGGCCAAAUAUGAGAAUGGCAUUUUUAAAAUUUUGGGUCGAUCAAAUGUUGAUAUUAUUAAAUCCGGCGCAUAUAAAAUAUCCGCAUUGGAAAUCGAAACACAUUUAUUAGAGCAUCCAUUGAUAAGCGAUGUGUGUGUUGUUGGUGUACCAGAUCCAACAUGGGGACAAAAAAUUGCCGCUGUCAUUGUGUGCAAAGAUAAAUCAGACGAUGCAUUAACAUUGCCAAAGUUGCGCGAAUGGUGUGAAGAACGCAUAGCUUCGUAUCAAAUACCAUCAAUUAUAAAAUUAAUGGACGAAAUUCCACGAAAUACCAUGGGUAAGGUGAACAAAAAGGAAAUCGUUCGUGAUUAUUUUACGAAAACAGAUUGAACAUAACAAGUCAUUGAUUUUAUCGAGCAAUUAGGAGGAAAACCCAAACAAGUUUUUUGACAAACCAUUUUUUUACUGUAACAACAGAUCUAUAAUAAAUUCUUGUCAUGAUAUGAAAUCGAUCGUGAUUCGUAAAUGAAUUAAAAAUUAAAAAGAAAACAUAUACACAGUUUAUUAGAAUUAAAUCAUAUGCAUAUGAAUAAUACCAAAUUCAA